UGUAGUUUCACACUGAGUGCACACUCUCUCUACCAAGCUGCAUUGACUUCUCUCUCUCACCUUUUUGCUCCAGUGAAUUGAAAGCUAAACAGAUGUUUAAAGUUUCGUUUCUCAUCCAAGCUGAUCCCCCUAUAUAUUUCCCAACCUCUCUCUCUCUCUCUCUCUGGAUGUGUUGCACCAGAGGGAAGUGCUGUUAAGUGCUUUAUUGUGCUUAAGUGAAUAUAUAAAUACCUGUUGGCAGUAAUAUAAGAUUAAAACACAACUUGCGAAGUACCUACGUUGGAAGCCUCCUUUAUAUUUUCUCCAGUUAUGAACUCUCUACCGGCUUACUCAGGAGCUAGAAUAUCUGGCUGUUGGACUUUAAGAUCUGAUGGCAGUGGAGGUGGUGAGGGAUCACUGGACCGGCUCCUCCCCUCAGUAAGUACAGGCCUUUCACCCAGGAAAAGGACCACCAGCCAGUGUAAGUCCGAGCCUCCUCUCCUACGCACCUCCAAACGAACCAUCUACACCGCCGGUCGCCCGCCCUGGUACAACGAACAUGGAACACAGUCCAAAGAGGCCUUCGUCAUCGGUCUGUGUGGUGGCAGUGCUUCAGGAAAGACGACCGUGGCCAGGAAAAUCAUUGAAGCUCUAGAUGUUCCAUGGGUUGUACUACUCUCAAUGGACUCCUUUUACAAGGUCCUGUCCUCAGAAGAGCAGACCCUGGCUGCCAGUAACGACUACAACUUUGACCACCCUGACGCCUUUGACUUUGAUUUGCUGACACACACCCUGCGCAAACUCAAACAGGGCAAGAGUGUAAAAAUCCCUGUGUAUGAUUUCACAACUCAUGGGAGACAGAAGGAGUGGAAAACGGUAUACGGAGCCAGUGUUAUCAUCUUCGAGGGAAUCAUGGCCUUUGCAGAUAAAGUGCUCUUGCAGUUGCUGGAUAUGAAGAUUUUCGUGGAAACAGACUCUGACAUCCGGCUGGUGCGGCGGCUGAGGAGGGACAUUACAGAAAGGGGUCGAGACAUCGAGGGUGUCAUCAAACAGUACAACAAGUUUGUCAAGCCGGCCUUUGAGCAAUACAUUGAACCCACCAUGAGACUGGCUGAUAUUGUGGUGCCACGUGGUGGUGGUAACAUGGUGGCCAUCGAUUUGAUUGUACAGCAUGUCCACAGUCAGCUGGAGGAGAGGAAACUUCGCUGGGAUAUGGCAGCCCUGGCUUCUGCACACCAGGCCCAACCCCUCCCCCAGACUCUCAGUGUGCUAGAGAGCACACCCCAGGUCAGGGGCAUGCACACUAUCAUCAGAAACAAGGAAACCAGCCGUGAUGAGUUCAUCUUCUACUCCAAGAGAUUGAUGCGAUUGUUGAUCGAGCGAGCACUCUCCUUCCUCCCCUCACAGGUCCACAUAGUCCAGACCCCCCAGGGAGAGGAUUAUGAAGGCAGGACUUUCCACGGGAAGAGGAUCACAGGCGUGUCCAUCUUACGAGCCGGGGAGACCAUGGAGCCGGCUCUGAGGGCCGUCUGCAAAGACGUCCGCAUCGGCAAGAUCCUUAUCCAGACCAACCAGGACACAGGAGAACCAGAGCUUCAUUACCUGCGUCUACCGAAAGACAUUAGUGAAGAUCACGUGAUUCUUAUGGACUGUACUGUGUCCACUGGAGCUGCCGCCAUGAUGGCUGUACGAGUCCUACUGGACCAUGAUGUACAGGAGGACAAAAUCCUGCUGGUGUCUUUGCUAAUGGCUGAAAUGGGAGUUCAUUCAGUGGCCUACGCGUUCCCACAGGUCAAGAUCAUCACCACAGCUGUCGACAAGAAGGUCAAUGACCUUUUCCACAUCAUACCUGGCAUUGGAAACUUUGGGGAUCGAUACUUUGGAACAGAUGCACCCCCUGACUGGAGUGACGAAGACACAGAUGAGCCUAGUUACUGAUCCAGUUAUUGGCAGUGCACUAACUUAUUGGGUGAUUCAGGGCUGUGCCCCUCGGAGGACAAUGUGAGGACAUGCUCUAAGCCUCUGUCGGGCUGUAAUGUACAUCUCUCAGGGGCCAAACAAGGUGCCCUGAAAAAUAAACUGCAAACAGGACAAAACAUUGCUUAUGUACAGUCCCCCUGUUGAAACGUUUAAAUUAUAUUAUUUUAUCUUUUAUGUACAUGCUGUUGUGGAAAGUUGUGAUAUGAAGUUUAAAAUAUUUUUAUAUGUACAGAAUGUUAUUAAGUCCAAAUAUUUUAUUUUGGUGUUUAGAUUGUGACAAUCUCUGUGUUGAAAUUUGCAAACAUGUUAUUUUAAGAAGAUAUAUAGAUAUAUAGAUAUAUAGAUAUAUAUAUAUAGCCUUAAGCCGUGUACUGUGGACGACACAACUGAAUGUGAAUAUGAACGUGCCGUAAAGGAGGAAAAAAAAGCUUUUAAGGUUAUUUUCUACCCCACAACUUUCACAAAAGUUAAAUUGGAACAAGAACUUGUUGUUACUCAACUUCCAUCGCCAUGAGCACUUUCUGAAGGACCAUUCAAUCGGAAAAUGUGUAGGUGUAUGUCUUUUUUUUUUUUUUUUUUUUUUUUUUAGCUGUCUGGUUCACCCUUUUCCUUCUCUGUGGAUGCUGACCUAACCCGUUGAAAAGGGUAUUGAAAACUGUAUUUCAUUGUACCACUAAAAGUGUGCACUUAUGGUGUAUAUUUAUGCAGCAUGUCCCUCAUUUACAUGUUUUUACUAUGGAUAGACCUGACCAGUCAGCAGGCAAGUCAUACAUAUUUUUGCAGCUAUGAAAAUGGGUCAUCAGAUUCACACAAACACAGAUGAAGUGUUUAUUUCAGUCUUACACGUCCUGUUUUUCACCUCUGUUUUUCAUGCAGUAGACAGGAUUGUUUGUUAAAGAAAAUUGGGUACAUACAGCAUGAAUUGAUUAACAUAUGAACAUCUACAUUUGAAAAACUGGAGUCUUCACAAAUUCCUUUUAGUGCCUGAUCUUUUUACUUGGUGUUUGUAUUGAAUGAAAUGAAUUUAAUCAGCUGUUUAAAUACGGUGCCUAAUUAAUAUCGCCUUGUACUUUGAAGAAAGACUGUUUGCUAGACAUGGGGUUGCCCUCCACAGUGUUUAUCCAUAUGGUUAUUUGAGCUAAUGCAAUGAGACAUCAGAAGGAGAGGAGUGCUGCAAGUUCAUUUUGAUAUCAUUAAAUACUGACUUUGGUAUUGAGUUACAGUAAAAAUCAUUUUCCACUAGUUCACAAUUAAUUAUCAUACAGUAUUUACAUUUCUUAGAAGUUCAACAUCCCUCAUUUGCUUUAUUACCUAAAGGUACAUUACGAGGAAGAAAAAAAAGAUGCCUUGAAAAUUGAACUCUGUACAUCCAUGUUGACAGUGGCUGCAGAUACUGUGAUUGCUGUUGGCUCGACCUUCCUAUUUAGUCACCUGCUAAACUGAACAGCAUGUGCUUGCUGCUGAAUGUAACUGUUAGCAAGUCACAUUACAGUCUGUACAGAAAAUCCACUGUUUUAUGUUUACCAUUUCUGCUGCAUGUGUUUUUUAUAUAUAUUUAAUAAAAGUGCAAUAGAGCCUUUAAA